AUGGUGUCUGUACCAGCUCCUCGCUGUCUGGAUCUCUUUGUCGUUUUGUCUCUUCUGCCCACCUAUCUCACCGCGAAUCGGAUUAUCACGGACACACCGGACCUCAAAUCAACCGGCUCCGGGCUUGGGGUGAAGGAGCACUCGCAGAUUGUUGCCCAGCACAAUAGACUGCGCAGCCGGGUCAAACCAAUGGCAGCUAACAUGCAAAAAAUGGAGUGGAAUGAGAAAUUGGCCUUACUUGCGAAGGAGAGAGCAGCAUCCUGCCACACUGACCCCUCCCCUCAACACUUCUCAUCUCUCAGUCACAUUGGCUGGAAUACACAUUUCUCUCCAUAUGGUGUCACCUCAUUUUCUAACAUCACUGACAUUUGGUUUGAGGAGGGAAAAGAUUUUAUUUAUUUGAGUGGACAAUGCAGAGAUAAUUCCACUUGUCAGCACUACACACAGCUGGUGUGGGCCACCUCAAGUCAUGUGGGCUGUGCCAGCCAUCUGUGUCUGAGAGAAGGGGACCUCUGGGAGAUGUUUGUCUGUGCUUAUUACCCCGGGGGCAACUGGGAGGUGAAUGGUCGGCUGGUGAUACCCUAUAAGACAGGGCUGUACUGCUCUCUCUGUACUUCAUCCAUGUCUGGUUGCUUUAAAUUGUGGGACCAUGUAGGUGGAUUGUGUGAGAUUCCAAGGAACCCAUGCCGUAUGAGUUGCGGUCAGCACGGCCAUCUUAACAUCUCAUCCUGCAAGUGCAAGUGUGAUCCUGGGUUUACCGGACGCUUCUGCCAGGUGCGAUGCAGUAUGCAAUGUGUACACGGUCAUUUCAAAGAAGAAGAAUGUUCUUGCUUGUGCGAUGUUGGCUAUGGUGGUGCUGAGUGUGCGGAGAAAGUGCAGUUUCCCAUUCACAGCUGUGAUGUUAUGAUUGAUGGAGAUUGCUUCACAGUGUCUCCACAAGCUGACACCUACUAUGGAGCCAAGAGACACUGUCAGGAACAAGGAGGUAUUCUAGCUAAGAUCCACAAUCAGAAGGUUCAGGACAUCCUUGCAUUUUAUCUGAGUGUCCUGGAGACCAGCAAUGAGGUCACCAACGCUGACUUUGAGACACGAAACUUCUGGAUAGGUUUGACAUAUAAGCCUCUGAAAGACUCAUUUCGCUGGGACACAGGCAAGGUCUCAAGAUUCAGCAGCUUUGCCUUUGGGCAACCUGACAACCAUGGUUUUGGUAAUUGUGUAGAGCUGCAGGCAUCAAGUGCCUUUAACUGGAACGACCAGCGCUGCAAAACACGGAAUCGAUACAUUUGCCAGCAUGACAUGAGCAUGAGUGGAGACUUGAAGUCCAGCCGCCCCAGGGCAGUGAGUAAGAGGGCCAGCAACACCACUUACGGAUCCGAGUUUGACCUGGACUAUGACAGCUACCACGAGGACUACUAUGACAGGGUGUACGACUACCAGCGUGUGCCGGCAUCCUUGUCUCCUCUGCCCCUGGGACCCAGUCUGGCCAAGCGAUCCCGCUCCUCCUCUUACUCCUCCAAGUACAGACGCAGCCGAGACAGAACCCACUCCAAAAGCUCCAGAGCCCACUCCACUAGUUCAACCACAGCCAAGUUGGGCAUGGAGGAGUUGCAGGUGAUUAAAAAGGAGCUGACUCUGAUAAAGACACAGAUCGAUGGGCUGCUUGACAGUCUUGACAGGAUGGACACACAGAGGAACGACCACAAAGGGUCUCCCCUGAGAGAGGACAGUCCAGCUGACUCACCGUACGCUUUGUCAGCAAGCAGUCCCGAGCACUCUUUCUCCUCCCUCUCCCCACCCAGCUCCCGCCAUAGAAUCCACAGGGAGAGCCCUGAUCUGAGGGAGCCCGAUGAUGACCACCACAUGAUGAGCAAUCACAGCUCUGACCCUGAAGAGGAAAUAUGAGGGUGGAAAAAGAGAAAAUGUAGAAGACGUGGAUAAAGUGCCAAACAUUGAGGAAGAGAACAACAACCGUCAAGCCAACACCCAUAUCAGAGUGUGCAUAUCAUAUAACACUUCAGUACAUUCAGUUCUAUCACAGCAGCUCAGUUUCCAUGACCAUACUUUUAAAUAAAACAAAAUCACAAAACAUGUGAUUUAUACUGUAUACACCAAGCACUCGUACAUGUGACGGAGAAUAAUGUGUUAGACCAGGCAAAAGAGGGAGUGAUCUUAGAAUAGUUACAUAAAGCUUGUGGCAGAUUGGUGAAUUAAAAUCCCACUUCAGCAGACAUUCCUGUUGUACUCUACAAGUGUGACUGCAGAAACACAAAUAUCCCAGUUUUAAUCCAAAUAUUGCAGUAUUAAUCCAAAUGAGACAAUAUAGUUCCCUGAGUAAAACAUUAUGUAAGCAGCUUAUAAUUUAUCACAUUCAUUAAAGUCUUCUUCUGAAAAUAGGCAGAAUGUGCCAGUAUCAAACUGUAUAGUUCUUAUUAAUUUGUGUAGACUCAUGGGGUUUACUAGAAGUGUGAGAGUGUUUCUGCUGCUUCACCAGUUUCUCACAGGAAGGAAACAAAACUGAAUGAGUCUCUAUUUAUAAAGACUUAUGCACAAAAAUGUAGAACCACGAAUACUGAUGAAGUGUGGGCUUUUUCCAUACGGGAAAUCUGGGAUUCUGUGUGUAUGUAUUGUCAAAUGAAAAUUAUUUCUUUCUGCAAAAGAAAUCUAUACACUGUCAAGUUUGAUCUUUCAAUUUUUAAUUGAACUUGACUCACAUUUUACCUUCAACCUUCAAGGUAUCACAAUUCAGACAUUUAAAGUAACCCGAUCCUUAUGAGAUUGGACAGUCAUGCUGGUCAUUUAGCAAAGAAACCAGUUGUUUUCUGUAUGCUACUUCUCUGAGUGUGCUUCUCUGACAAACUUGUAAACCACCUGUCACACCUUUUCAGAUGUACUUUCUCUACUUUAAAUGUGUUAGAGGAAAGUUAGCACUCUCUUCCACCAUGUACUUGGCACUAAGUUGUGCAGAGGCCCAGGUCAGUGUGUAAUAUUGUGUAUUAUUGUAAACUCUACUGUAAUUGUUCAGCUGUCUGAUUUCAAUCUUGAUUUAGGACUUACUCAUGUGUUUUUCUUAAGAAAACAAUGAUGUUAUUAUGAUUUGUAUGGUGGUACCUGUUUUUGUUUGCAUUCUUAAGAUAAGCCAAGUGGAAAUACUCAUUGUCACAGUAGUAAAGGUAUUUUCAUAUUGACUAUAAAUAGAGUUCAUGGGUGUGUGUUUUUAUUAUGCCGAAUAGAGACACAGAAGAAAAUGUUUCAAAACUUGAGCAAGUCUAGUAUUCAACUAAUCAGAAGUGUAUAUUAUAUGAUAAUCGAGUUCCUAUUGUAGGCCAUAAUGGUAAUAUUAUCUAUUGGAUGUGAUUGUGCACAGCAGUAUUCAUAUUGUGUUCAGUGCAUUGAGGACUACUGUGUGUCUAGUUCUGGAUGAUGC